UUGAAGUUCAGUAGCAAGAAAGAGUUCAAGAUAACACGAAUGAGUCAUAGAGUUCAACUUCUUUUAGGAGCAUACCAUAUGACAUUUCCUUUGAAAAGUGUUGACAAAACGAUUGAGAUGAAAUCUGUUCCAUACGUAUGUUAUGGCAAUUGUUUGUACAUUGAGUCUAAAAUAGCUAAUGUCACAGGCAUUUCAGGAGUUAAUAGUAAAGGUUCAGUAGAAUAUAAAUCCUUCUGUUAUGCAGUCAAUUCAAUGUUCAUUCCAAACGUUCCUGUCAUAGCAACUCAUUUAGGUAAAUGGGUUCGCAUUAGUCCUCAUAAUUUGAAAGACAUGCAAUUCAGACUAGUUGACUUUCAAGGCGAGCCUGUAGAACUGAAGGCACCAGUGCGAAUGACUGUUGAAGUUGACUUUUUAGAAAAUAUUAAAUGCAACAGCUUACAAGAGAACUCAGAGCUAAAAAUAUAA